AUGACUUCACAAAUAAUAAAUAAUUUUAAACGAUUUGAUGCAUACGCCAAAACGUUAGAAGACUUUAGGAUAAAGACUGCAACUGGGGCCUUUAUUACUAUACUUGGCGGUGCAGUGAUGGUUUUAUUAAUUCUGUCAGAGUUACAUACUUACAUGUCACCUAACAUAUCAGAAGAAUUAUUUGUGGAUACCUCUAGAGGUCAUAAAAUGAGGAUUAAUUUUGAUAUUAUUGUUCCAAGAAUAUCGUGUGAUUAUUUAGUACUUGAUGCAAUGGAUUCAUCAGGAGAGCAACACUUACAAAUCGAUCACAAUAUAUUUAAAAGGCGUCUAGAUCUUGAUGGUGUCCCAAUAGAAGAAGCAAAAAAAGAGGAAAUUUUAGUAUCAACUACAUCUGUAACAAAUAAGUCUUCCGAAAUAACAAAAGUUACAUGUGGUAGCUGUUAUGGAGCAGCUUUUAAUGAGUCUCAGUGUUGUAAUACAUGUGAAGAUGUAAGAGAAGCCUAUAAAAUGAGAAGAUGGGCUCUUCCUGAUUUAGCUACUAUUGAGCAAUGCAAAAAUGAUGAAUCUAUAGAAAAGGUUAACCUAGCAUUAAAAGAAGGAUGUCAAUUAUUUGGAUACAUGGAAGUGAACAGAGUUGGUGGAAGUUUUCACAUAGCUCCAGGAAAGAGUUUUACAAUUAAUCAUAUACAUGUUCAUGAUGUCCAGCCAUUUUCUUCAUCUGUAUUCAACACAACUCACAUAAUAAAACAUUUAAGUUUUGGCUCUGAUAUAAAAAAUGCCAAUACAGCACCUCUAGAUGGUGAAAUGGGAUUAGCCAAAGAAGGGGCAGUAAUGUUCCAGUAUUACGUUAAGAUUGUUCCUACGAUGUAUGUCACUUUAAAUAAUGAGGUCCACCAUACAAAUCAGUUUUCUGUCACUCGUCAUCAGAAAUCUGUUUCUAAUGUCAAUACAGAAUCUGGUAUGCCAGGAGCAUUUUUCAGCUAUGAGUUAUCACCUUUAAUGGUAAAAUAUACAGAAAAAGAACGAUCACUUGGGCACUUUGCAACAAACAUUUGUGCGAUCGUAGGAGGAGUUUUUACUUUAGCUGCAAUUUUUGAUUCACUCCUUUAUCAUUCCAUUAAUGUUGUUCAAAAUAAAGUAAUGUUAGGAAAAACUGGUUAG